AUGACUCCAGCCGACCUCCUCCAAGAAGAAAUUCUUCAAGCCGAAACCUCAGACCCACCUUCCCAACAGCAACCCAAAAAUAAACGCGGUCGCUUCAUGAGCAACAAGCGCAAGCGAGCCCGCUCUCCAACCCCCGUCGUCCCUUCUUCCCCCGCCAUGCCAACCGAAUCAUCAGAACCAGAACCAGGACAAGCAUACGGCCCUCCUCUGAAAUCCAAAGUCCAAGCGCAUAGGAACUUCGCACGUAUUUCCAAUGUGAUCAUUAACGAUAUCACACAACACAAACACGCGGGACCAUUUCAAAAACCCGUGCGCGAGAAGGAUGCAGAAGGAUACUCCGACAUCAUCAAACGACCGCAAGAUUUGAAAUCCAUCAAGGCCGCCAUUACGUUUGGUUCACGUGCUAUCAACGCUGCUACCUCUUCUAUUGAUUCGCCGGCUGCUACUCCAUCCUCUGCUUCUGCAUCUUCUGUGGUCCUGCUGGAUAAAACUGCCGAUUUGAUCCCGCCGAAGGCGAUUGUCAAUUCUUCGCAACUCGAGAAGGAAGUUUUGCGCAUGUUUGCCAAUGCGGUCAUGUUCAAUCCCGGCAAUGAUGGUAUCGUACAAGAUGCUAGGGAGAUGGCUGAUGAUAUCGAAGCUAAGGUCAGGGAUUGGAGGCAAGUUGAAGGUGCGGCUGCGAACAGUAGUGUCAGAGCUGCCAAUCAGGAAGAUAAUGAAGAUGAAGGUGUCGGUACUGGUACUGGGGGUGACAAGAAGAGAAGGAAGCUUUGA